CCAGCCACCUCACUUUAGGAAAGUCCGUCUAUCUGAGCGGGCAGGUGCAUGCUUACCUGUACAUCCUCUAAGAAUAUUUUGUAAGCAUGUCUGUCGGCUAUCAACACCAGCGACUGGGUGGACACGCCUUCAACCACGGCCCCUCGUCUGGCGCUGAGCAAGAGUACGACCGUCUGCGCGAUCUCGCGCGUAAAGAGCAAGGCCAACACCAGCACUAUGCCGCAGAGGCGCGGCAGGCCUACGAGCGCGGCGAUGGCGCGCGGGCACACGAAAUGAGCACCCAGAGCAAGCAACAUGCCGCCGCUGCCGACGACUACAACAAGCAGGCCUCCGAGUUCAUCUUUCGUGAGAACAAUGCCGUAGGCAAGGUGCCGGGAGACACGAUAGAUCUUCACGGACAGUUCGUGGAGGAGGCAGAGGAAAUUCUCGAACAACGCAUUCGCUACGCACAACAGACGGGCCAAGAUAAAUUGCACGUAAUCGUAGGCAAAGGCAAUCAUUCCCCUGGCCAUGUACAGAAAAUCAAGCCCCGGGUGGAGCAGGUUUGUCGCGAGCUCGGCCUGAACUACCACACCGAACCCAACGCCGGCCGAAUCUACAUUGAACUGAAACCAGGCGGGGGAGGCCAGAACCAAUACGACUACGACGCACAUCACCAGCCGCAGCAUGAGAACUAUGGACAGCCUCACUAUCAGACGGCAUACCCGAUGGGCAAGCCUCCUCAGUAUGGCUACCAGCAACAACAACAAAUGCAAUAUGGCUCGCAACAAGGUUAUCCAGGGCAGCCGCAACAGCAAAUGCAGUAUCAAGAGCCGGCGCAGGACAAUGGCAUCAAGUGCUGCGGUAUCAAGAUUUGUUCAGUCAUGUAAUGCAAUUUGGCUAUUAUUGGAUGGUUGGAUUUGGGCGGAUAACGCUUUGGAUAUACAUGAGAUACCCAAUGGACAUAUGAGCUGGUUGUUCUCAGUAUCUUGGCUACCAGGGGGAUGUAAAGGCAAAUCGAAUACAAUACUGAGCACUGUACUGAGGA